AUGCGGGCACACCUAUUUAUCAUUGCAGUUCUCUUUUUGAGUACCGUGGCGUUUGCAAAUGUUAUAGGAAUUGACUUUGGUUCCGACUACAUUGAAGUUGCAGGGCCUCAUAGUGGGAAUACUGUUGAUAUCGUGUUGAAUGAGCAGUCACAUCGAAAGACAGACAACUUCAUCGGCUUCAGGAACGGCGAGAAAUAUAUUGGGGACCAGGCCAAAGCCUUGGCUGCUCGAUUUCCUUUGAAUUUCGUGACGAUGAUCAAUCAGCUCAUAGGGGUUACAUAUGACUCUUCGGAGUUUGCGGAUUUCAAGAAGCUGGACUGUGAAUUUGAAACUCACCCUGAUGAACGGAAUGGUGUUGAGUUUGCUUUUGGUGAUCAGAAUGGAAAUUAUUCGGUUGAUGAACUAUACGCCAUGAUGCUCCAUUAUUGCCGAAGUAUAUCACAAAAAGACGGAGUGAUUGACCCCAAAAAUGUUGUGAUUACAAUGCCGUUUCACUCUUCAUUGGGAAAACGACAAGCUGUAUUGGAAUCUGCCCGUCUAAUGGAUAUAAAUGUUUUGGGAUUAAUGCACAGUACUACAGCCGCUGCGCUGUAUUACGGUGUUCGUCGCCGAGGAUUUGGAAACAAGACAAUUCAUUUACUUGUAUAUGAUAUCGGAAGUACUCACACAGAAGUCGGUAUUUACAAAUUCACGCCGCCAGAGACGCAAACUGGGAAGAAAACAAAGUCCUCGGAUAGUUUUGGUACGCUAACCACGGUAGCUGUUGUGGACGAUACAUUACUGGGCGGCAGAGCUUUUGACUUAUGUAUUGCAAGAGUGAUAGAAGCUGAGGCCAUGGCUAAAAUGAAAAUUCCUGCAAUUAUUGGUGGUACAACUUUACAGCUGCGAAAAUCUCAGUUUUCAUUGCUUCGUGCGGCUAAAAAAGCUCGAGAAAUACUCUCCGCUAACAGCAAGACACCUGUCACUGUUGAAGGUAUAGUUCCAGACAGUGAUUUUCACACUGAAAUAUCAAGAAAAGACAUAGAAGAGAAAUGUACUAAACUGUUUGAACGAGCGCCAAAUAUUGCAGAGGAAGCCAUAUCGAAGGCUGGAUUAACAUUGAAUGAUAUUGACGCGUUUGAAAUGAUGGGUGGCGCUUCGCGAACUCCUAAAAUUAUAGCUGAUCUUUCUGCCUUUCUCGGUAGAGAGGUGGACCGGACGUUGAACUCAGAUGAAGCAGCAGCCAUAGGUGCUGCUUACUAUGCCCUUCGACUCUCAUCCAUUUACCGUGUACGCUCUUUUCGUGUGAUGGAGCAUAUACCAUUUACCUUUUAUUUUGGUGUUAUACCCACACUAGCGAAGUCUCCUGGUUCAAAACGAAUACUUGUUGAAAACCCUGUUAUAGGUUCUCGAAGAAGCAUCACUCUUAACCGAACUGAUGAUUUUAGUAUUCAGCUUUUUGAUUCUAGUGAUUUGGUUGGGGAGGUCGCUGUAACGGGUGUGAAGGCUGCGUUGGAGCAAACGCACCACUAUAUAUCAGAGCUUCAGCACCCAAACAAUAGUCAUAUUGUUCGUAUUCAGUUGCGCCUUAAUGAAUCUGGACUUUUUGAGGUUGAAGAGGCCGAUGUCAUUUACCGUUAUGCAGCAAAUGUAUCAACUAAGACCAAGGUGAAUGUUUCAUCCAAUGAAGAGAAUAUUACUCACCAAAGUGAUUAUUUGAUUAAGAUGAAACGUAAGGUAGUGCCCAUUUCUGCAACAGUGAGUUUCACAAGGCCUUCACCGUUACCAAGAGAAAAAUUCCGUCUUGUAAAGGAUAAAAUAUUUCAAUUGCUCGACAAGGAGAAGAAGAAGCACGAAGCUGCUAUUGCAAAGAACAACCUUGAAGCGUAUGUGUUUUGGUCAAAGAGCGAUGGAGUGUUGGAAAAUUCUACGGCCUUGGCUAUGUUUACUUCAAGAGAACUUGAUGAACUGAAAGCCAAGUUGGCAGAAGUACAGGAGUGGCUUGAAGACGGCGAGGGGAGUUAUGAAACUUGCGGUAAGGAGACGUAUGAAACGAAAUUGAACGAACUAAAACAGCUUGUGCGCCAGCGAUCACAAAGCACCAAAGACACCCCCGCUCCAGAAAGCGGCGAUGAUGGUGUUAAAGGCGAUUUGUGA